CAGGCAUUCUCCGCUCUUCGUCGCUGACUGGAGUUACUUCUGUAGCUGCUCAGGGGAAGAACGCAGGACCUGCCACAGGGAAAAGGAAAAAAAACGGAAAAUAAACACAGAACUGGUGCUUUCUUUAUAGACAUAGCUAACUGGGAUGGGGAGACCUGACUUCUGACUGCAAGUAACUUCGCAAGCCACUGCUGAAUGAUUGAAAACAGAAAGGUGGUAGACGGACAGAGCUGGGAAUUUUCUACCUGAAGGUAGAGCAAUAAUUUCAAGAUGGAGGAAGAAGAAGAAACAACAGAGGUGCUCUUUCCCCACUAUGAGGGGGAAGGUAUCCCAGGGAUCACUGUAGAGGAGAAGGAAUCUGGAAUCUUUGUUAAGGAGGUCCUGCAGCAUUCCCCUGCAGCAAGAGUGGGUGAAGUCAGAGAAGGUGAUCAGGUUGUAGGUGCUACCAUCUACUUUGAUGAUAUGUCAUCCGAGGAGGUUCAGAAAUUGUUUAAGACCAUGGGUCAUCACACAUUGGGUUUGAAGCUGCAACGCAAAGGAGAUAGGUCUCCCAGAUGUUUAUCUCCCAGAGGUGAAUUUACUCAUGAAGUUUUCAGAUCGCAAAGUCCAUUCAGAUCGCAAAGCCCAGAGAUUGUGUUGAGUGGUGAUGAAGAAGAUUACAGGCGUAUUUACACAAAGAAAAUUAAGCCACGUCUAAAGUCAGAAGAUGGAAUGGAAUUAGAACACUCUGAAACUCAGACAAGAACCAUCACUGUGACCAGGAAAGUCGCUGCAUAUACUGUGGAUGUCACAUCACCAAAAGGAACAAAAGACAUUGAUAUCACCAGUCCAGAGUUUAAAAUUAAGAUACCAAGGCACGACAUCUCAGAAAUGUCAGACAUGGAUGUUGAAACUCAGAAAGCGAGAACUGUAAUUAGACUGCCACAAGUUGAUCUGUUACAGACAACAGUGCAAACAUCAGAUGUAAACAUUGACUUAGCUGGAAAGCACAGCAGUCGUAGUCCUUCAGGGCCAAGUGUCCAGUCAUCAAAAGUUACUGUAGAAAUUGGUUCUCCAGGUGUUGGUUUAAGUAGCACAGGACUGGACAGUUCAGCACUUUAUGAAGCAGGCUCUGAUAAGGUAGCAGGUAAGACACAGAAGUCUUUGCUUAACAUUUCAGCUAAGACACGCUCUGUGACAACCAGUGAUUCUAAUGCUAAACAUGAAGGACUGGCAGCUGCUGGUGUUGGAGGGAUAAAAGAAUAUGACUUGCAGGGUUCUAGUGGAGGUAUAAAAAGAACAGACAUCUUCAUUCAAGAAGACAAAAUAAAAAUGACUGGAUUUGGAAUAAAAAGAGACAUCGAUUUUGAUGUCAAAAGAAAAGAAAAAGGGCGAUUGGACAAUGAGUCAGAAAAGACUGCUGCUGACAUUGAACUCGAACAACAACUUAGUGGACUUCCAAAAGAAUGUACUCAUACUUCUAUCAAGGAUUAUGUUUCUCCGUCAGUGAGAAUGCCUACUAUUAAUAUUUCAGGACAACAGAUACAUGGACCUCAAGUCAAACUUGACACAAGUAGUGAUACAGCAGAGGCAAAAUUAGGCAGAGACAAGCAACAGAAGGUUGACAUGGGUACAUGUAUUAUUUCAUUGGCAAAAAGUGAUAUCAGUCCUAAAGAUGAGUCCAAAAGUAGCUCUGUUUCUAAGACUGAAAUAUGCCGAUCAGUGUUGGAUGGUGAUAGUAUUCCUAUACCUGGAAGAACUGAUAGGGAUCUCAUUCCUCCUGUUUCUGGCCCAAAGUUAAAAGACAGUAUGAAAACUUGUGGCACAAACAUUUCAGGAACAAAUUUGGACUUAAGCAUUAAUGCCGUCAAGUCUGAUGUUCCUGCAUUACAUACACAUGACAAUAGUGUCAGAGAUACUGUUAGUAUUCGUGGCAUUGAACUGGAAGGUGACAUCAAAGCUCCAGUAGCCAGUAUUUCUGAGAUAAAGAUUGUGACUACUGAAAUUAAGCAUCCUAAAAUGGAUACUUCCAGACAGGAAAGAGAGGGCAGCAGUACAGAGGUAACAAAAGUUGACACUGAGAUUUCUAAGGCAAAGCCUGAUGUCAGCAGUAUUACUGAAUUUGUAAUUGAAGAUAGCAUGGAAGUGUCUAAAACAGACAGUGAUGCCAGCAAAGGGGAAUGGAAAGCACCAAAGUUUUGGAUGCCAAAGUUUGGAAAGUCUUCCUCAAAAGCUGAAAAGCCUAGUGAAGAUGCAAAACUCUCCCAAGCAGAAACUGGAAUUUCUAUUACCCACAAAGAAGACAAGACAAUAAAAGAUGUAAAGGCUAAUCUCAAGCCAGAUCACAUUCAACAACCACAUCUGAAAGGAAACAUAUACAGCAUGCAACUGGAAGAUGAUAUUAAUGAUUUUAAAACAGAUGGGAAUGGCCCAGAAGUUAAUGUAAAAAUGCCAGAUAUGGAUGUGGAGGGGACAGGUGUAAAGAUAAGAAUGCCAAAAUUUAAGAUGCCUGAAUUUGGCUUGCAUGGACCUAAGUUAGAGGCACCUGACUUGGACAUAAAAGGUACAAAUGCUGGCAUAGAUAUUUCUGGUCCAAAAGUAGAAGGAGAUAUUAAGGCGCCUCAUUUUGAUAUUCAGACUCCAGGUAUUAAUGUUGAAAUUAAAGGUCCAGAGGGCAGCUUGAAGGGACCUAAAAUGAAAAUGCCAGAAUACACGAUUUCAGCCCCACAAAUAUCACUGCCUGAUGUCAACCUAAAGGGUCCUAAACUUAAAGGAGAUAUGAGCUUGUCUGGCUCCACGAUAGAAGACAAUGUACAUCUUCCAAAAGCUGAAGUCACUGGGCCUAGUAUUGAUUUGGAGGCAACUGACAUUGAUAUUGAAGGACCAGAAGGAAAGCUAAAAGGUCCAAAGAUUAAAAAGCCAGAAGGGUCUAUAUCAUCACCCAAACUGUCCAUGCCAGACAUUCACUUAAAAGGGCCAAAGUUGAAAGGUGAUGUCCCUAGCCUGGAAGUGGAAGGAGAUGUAAAAGGUCCUAAAAUGGACUUAAAGGGCCCAGGCAUUGAUUUGCAGACACCACAUAUGAAUAUUGAGGGGUCAGGUGGAAAAAUGAAAAUGCCAAAAUUUAAGAUGCCUGACUUUAGCAUGCAUGGACCUAAGUUAGGGGCACCUGACUUGGGCAUUAAAGUUCCAAAGGCGGACAUUGAUGUUUCUGGUCCAAAAGUUGAUGGAGAUAUCAAAGUACCUGGUGUUGAUAUUAAGACUCCAGAUAUUAAUGCUGAAAUUGAAUGUCCAGAGGGCAGUUUGAAGGGACCUAAAAUGCCAGAUUUGAAGUUCUCAGCACCCAAAGUCCCACUGCCUGAUGUCAACCUAAAGGGUCCUAAACUUAAAGGAGAUAUGAGCUUGUCUGGGCCCAAGAUAGAAGGCGAUGUGCAUCUUCCAAAAGCUGAAGUCAGCGGGUCUAGUAUUGAUUUGGAGGCACCUGACAUUGAUGUUGAAGGGCCUGAAGGAAAACUGAAAGGUCCAAAGUUUAAAAAGCCAGAUUGGUCUAUAUCAGCACCCAAAAUAUCCAUGCCAGACAUUCACUUAAAAGGGCCAAAGUUGAAAGGUAAUGUACCUAGCAUGGACAUUGAAGGCGAUAUAAAGGUUCCACACUUGAAGGGUCCAGAUGUUGAUGUCGGCACACCUGAUAUUGAUGUGGAGGGGACUGGCAUUAACCUAAAAAUGCCCAAGUUGAGAAUUCCUGGCUUUGAUUUACAUGGACCUAAGGUCGAUGCACCAGAGAUUGAUAUUAAAUCUCCAAAAGCUGACAUUGAUAUUUCGAGCCCAAAAGUCGGGGCAGAAGUUGAGAUUCCUGGUGUUAAUAUCGAGUCUCCUGAUGUUGACAUGGACGUUGAACUUGAAGGCCUAGAAGGAAGCUUGAAGGGUCCCAAAGUAAAAAAGAAAGGCUUUACAUUUUCAGUUCCCAAAAUGUCAUUGCCUGAUUUCCACCGAAAGGGCCCUAAAUUAAAAGGAGAUAUGGAUGUGUCUGGUCCAAAGGUAGAAGGUGAAAUGAAACUUCCUAAGGCAGAAGUCUCUGGCCCUGACAUUGACCUUAAGGCUCCAGAAGUUGAUAUAGAAGGGCCAGAAGGAAAACUGAAAGGUCCAAAGUUUAAAAAACCAGACUGGUCUAUAUCAGCCCCUAAAGUAUCCAUGCCAGACAUUCACUUAAAAGGGCCAAAGUUGAAAGGUGAUGUCCCUAGCCUGGAAGUGGAAGGAGAUGUAAAAGGUCCUAAAAUAGACUUAAAGGGCCCAGGCGUUGAUUUGCAGACGCCAGAUAUGGAUAUUGAGGGGUCAGGUGGAAAAAUGAAAAUGCCAAAAUUUAAGAUGCCUGACUUUAGCAUGCAUGGACCUAAGUUAGGGGCACCUGACUUAGGCAUUAAAGGUCCAAAGGCUGACAUUGAUAUUUCUGGUCCAAAAGUAGGAGGAGGUAUCAAGGUGCCUGAUGUUGAUAUUCAGAGUCCAGAUGUUAAUGCUGAAAUUGAAGGUCCAGAGGGCAGCUGGAAGAUGCCUAAAAUGAAAAUGCCAGAUGUCAAGAUGUCAUCUCACAAAAUCUCACUGCCUGAUGUCAACCUAAAGGGUCCUAAACUUAAAGGAGAUAUCAGCUUGUCUGGGCCCAAGAUAGAAGGCGAUGUGCAUCUUCCAAAAGCUGAAGUCAGCGGGUCUAGUAUUGAUUUGGAGGCACCUGACAUUGAUGUUGAAGGGCCUGAAGGAAAACUGAAAGGUCCAAAGUUUAAAAAGCCAGAUUGGUCUAUAUCAGCACCCAAAAUAUCCAUGCCAGACAUUCACUUAAAAGGGCCAAAGUUGAAAGGUGAUGUACCUAGCAUGGACAUUGAAGGCGAUAUAAAGGUUCCACACUUGAAGGGUCCAGAUGUUGAUGUCAGCACACCUGAUAUUGAUGUGGAGGGGACUGGCAUUAACCUAAAAAUGCCCAAGUUGAGAAUUCCUGGCUUUGAUUUACAUGGACCUAAGGUCGAUAAACCAGAGAUUGAUAUUAAAUCUCCAAAAGCUGACAUUGAUAUUUCGAGCCCAAAAGUCGGGGCAGAAGUUGAGAUUCCUGGUGUUAAUAUCGAGUCUCCUGAUGUUGACAUGGACGUUGAACUUGAAGGCCUAGAAGGAAGCUUGAAGGGUCCCAGAGUAAAAAAGAAAGGCUUUACAUUUUCAGUUCCCAAAAUGUCAUUGCCUGAUUUCCACCGAAAGGGCCCUAAAUUAAAAGGAGAUAUGGAUGUGUCUGGUCCAAAGGUAGAAGGUGAAAUGAAACUUCCUAAGGCAGAAGUCUCUGGCCCUGACAUUGACCUUAAGGCUCCAGAAGUUGAUAUAGAAGGGCCAGAAGGAAAACUGAAAGGUCCAAAGUUUAAAAAACCAGACUGGUCUAUAUCAGCUCCUAAAGUAUCCAUGCCAGACAUUCACUUAAAAGGGCCAAAGUUGAAAGGUGAUGUCCCUAGCCUGGAAGUGGAAGGAGAUGUAAAAGGUCCUAAAAUAGACUUAAAGGGCCCAGGCGUUGAUUUGCAGACACCAGAUAUGGAUAUUGAGGGGUCAGGUGGAAAAAUGAAAAUGCCAAAAUUUAAGAUGCCUGACUUUAGCAUGCAUGGACCUAAGUUAGAGGCACCUGACUUGAACAUUAAAGGUCCAAAGGCUGACAUUGAUAUUUCUGGUCCAAAAGUAGGAGGAGGUAUCAAGGUGCCUGAUGUUCAGAGUCCAGAUUUUAAUGCUGAAAUUGAAGGUCCAGAGGGCAGCUGGAAGAUGCCUAAAAUGAAAAUGCCGGAUUUCAACAUGUCAGCUCCCAAAUUCUCACUGCCUGAUGUCAACCUAAAGGGUCCUAAACUUAAAGGAGAUAUGAGCUUGUCUGGGCCCAAGAUAGAAGGCGAUGUGCAUCUUCCAAAAGCUGAAGUCAGUGGGUCUAGUAUUGAUUUGGAGGCACCUGACAUUGACGUUGAAGGGCCUGAAGGAAAACUGAAAGGUCCAAAGUUUAAAAAGCCAGAUUGGUCUAUAUCAGCACCCAAAAUAUCCAUGCCAGACAUCCAUUUAAAAGGGCCAAAGUUGAAAGGUGAUGUACCUAGCAUGGACAUUGAAGGCGAUAUAAAGGUUCCACAUUUGAAGGGUCCGGAUGUUGAUGUCAGCACACCUGAUAUUGAUGUGGAGGGGUCUGGCAUUAACCUAAAAAUGCCCAAGUUGAGAAUUCCUGGCUUUGAUUUACAUGGACCCAAGGUCGAUGCACCAGAGAUUGAUAUUAAAUCUCCAAAAGCUGACAUUGAUAUUUCGAGCCCAAAAGUCGGGGCAGAAGUUGAGAUUCCUGGUCUUAAUAUAGAGUCUCCUGAUGUUGACAUGGACAUUGAACUUGAAGGCCCAGAAGGAAGCUUGAAGGGUCCCAAAGUGAAAAAGAAAGGCUUUAAUAUUUCAGUUCCCAAAGUAUCAUUGCCUGAUUUCCACCUAAAGGGCCCUAAAUUAAAAGGAGAUAUGGAUGUGUCUGGUCCAAAGAUAGAAGGUGAAAUGAAACUUCCUAAAGCUGAACUCUCAGGCCCUGACAUUGACCUUAAUGCUCCAGAAGUUGAUAUAGAAGGGCCAGAAGGAAAACUGAAAGGUCCAAAGUUUAAAAAACCAGACUGGUCUAUAUCAGCUCCUAAAGUGUCCAUGCCAGACAUUCACUUAAAAGGGCCAAAGUUGAAAGGUGAUGUACCUAGCAUGGACAUUGAAGGCGAUAUAAAGGUUCCACACUUGAAGGGUCCAGAUGUUGAUAUCAGCACACCUGAUAUUGAUGUGGAGGGGACUGGCAUUAACCUAAAAAUGCCCAAGUUGAGAAUUCCUGGCUUUGAUUUACAUGGACCUAAGGUCGAUGCACCAGAGAUUGAUAUUAAAUCUGCAAAAGCUGACAUUGAUAUUUUGAGCCCAAAAGUCGGGGCAGAAGUUGAGAUUCCUGGUGUUAAUAUCGAGUCUCCUGAUGUUGACAUGGACGUUGAACUUGAAGGCCCAGAAGGAAGCUUGAAGGGUCCCAAAGUAAAAAAGAAAGGCUUUACAUUUUCAGUUCCCAAAAUGUCAUUGCCUGAUUUCCACCGAAAGGGCCCUAAAUUAAAAGGAGAUAUGGAUGUGUCUGGUCCAAAGGUAGAAGGUGAAAUGAAACUUCCUAAGGCAAAAGUCUCUGGCCCUGACAUUGACUUUAAGGCUCCAGAAGUUGAUAUAGAAGGGCCAGAAGGAAAACUGAAAGGUCCAAAGUUUAAAAAAUCCGACUGGUCUAUAUCGGCUCCUAAAGUAUCCAUGCCAGACAUUCACUUAAAAGGGCCAAAGUUGAAAGGUGAUGUCCCUAGCCUGGAAGUGGAAGGAGAUGUAAAAGGUCCUAAAAUAGACUUAAAAGGCCCAGGCGUUGAUUUGCAGACACCAGAUAUGGAUAUUGAGGGGUCAGGUGGAAAAAUGAAAAUGCCAAAAUUUAAGAUGCCUGACUUUAGCAUGCAUGGACCUAAGUUAGGGGCACCUGACUUGGGCAUUAAAGGUCCAAAGGCUGACAUUGAUAUUUCUGGUCCAAAAGUCGAGGGAGAUAUCAAGGUGCCUGGUUUUGAUAUACAGACUCCGGAUAUUAAUGCUGAAAUUGAAUGUCCAGAGGGCAGCUUGAAGGGACCUAAAAUGAAAAUGCCUGAUGUGAAGUUUUCAGCACCCAAAAUCUCACUGCCUGAUGUCAACCUAAAGGGUCCUAAACUCAAAGGAGAUGUGAGCUUGUCUGGCUCCAAGAUAGAAGGUGAUGUACAUCUCCCAAAAGCUGAAGUGACCGGGCCUAAUAUUGAUUUGGAGGGACCUGAAAUUGAUGUUGAAGGGCCAGAAGGAAAACUGAAAGGUCUAAAGUUUAAAAAGCCAGACUGGUCUAUAUCAGCACCCAAACUGUCCAUGCCAGACAUUCACUUUAAAGGGCCAAAGUUGAAAGGUGAUUUACCUAGUGUAGAAGGAGAUAUAAAAGGUCCUAAAGUAGACUUAAAGGGACCUGACAUUGAAUUAGAGACACCAGAUAUGGAUGUGGAGAGGUCAGGUGGAAAAUUGAAAAUGCCAAAAUUUAAGAUGCCUGAAAUUGGCUUGCAUGGACCUAAGUUAGAGGCACCUGACUUGAACAUUAAAGGUCCAAAGGCUGACAUUGAUAUUUCUGGUCCAAAAGUAGGAGGAGGUAUCAAGGUGCCUGAUGUUCAGAGUCCAGAUGUUAAUGCUGAAAUUGAAGGUCCAGAGGGCAGCUGGAAGAUGCCUAAAAUGAAAAUGCCAGAUUUCAACAUGUCAGCUCCCAAAUUCUCACUGCCUGAUGUCAACCUAAAGGGUCCUAAACUUAAAGGAGAUAUGAGCUUGUCUGGGCCCAAGAUAGAAGGCGAUGUGCAUCUUCCAAAAGCUGAAGUCAGCGGGUCUAGUAUUGAUUUGGAGGCACCUGACAUUGAUGUUGAAGGGCCUGAAGGAAAACUGAAAGGUCCAAAGUUUAAAAAGCCAGAUUGGUCUAUAUCAGCACCCAAAAUAUCCAUGCCAGACAUUCAUUUAAAAGGGCCAAAGUUGAAAGGUGAUGUACCUAGCAUGGACAUUGAAGGCGAUAUAAAGGUUCCACAUUUGAAGGGUCCGGAUGUUGAUGUCAGCACACCUGAUAUUGAUGUGGAGGGGUCUGGCAUUAACCUAAAAAUGCCCAAGUUGAGAAUUCCUGGCUUUGAUUUACAUGGACCCAAGGUCGAUGCACCAGAGAUUGAUAUUAAAUCUCCAAAAGCUGACAUUGAUAUUUCGAGCCCAAAAGUCGGGGCAGAGGUUGAGAUUCCUGGUCUUAAUAUAGAGUCUCCUGAUGUUGACAUGGACGUUGAACUUGAAGGCCCAGAAGGAAGCUUGAAGGGUCCCAAAGUGAAAAAGAAAGGCUUUAAUAUUUCAGUUCCCAAAGUAUCAUUGCCUGAUUUCCACCUAAAGGGCCCUAAAUUAAAAGGAGAUAUGGAUGUGUCUGGUCCAAAGAUAGAAGGUGAAAUGAAACUUCCUAAAGCUGAAGUCUCAGGCCCUGACAUUGACCUUAAUGCUCCAGAAGUUGAUAUAGAAGGGCCAGAAGGAAAACUGAAAGGUCCAAAGUUUAAAAAACCAGACUGGUCCAUAUCAGCUCCUAAAGUGUCCAUGCCAGACAUUCACUUCAAAGGGCCAAAGUUGAAAGGUGAUGUCCCCAGCCUGGAAGUGGAAGGAGAUGUAAAAGGUCCUAAAAUAGACUUAAAGGGCCCAGGCAUUGAUUUGCAGACACCAGAUAUGGAUACUGAAGGGUCAGGUGGAAAAAUGAAAAUGCCAAAAUUUAAGAUGCCUGACUUUAGCAUGCAUGGACCUAAGUUAGGGGCACCUGACUUGGGCAUUAAAGGUCCAAAGGCUGACAUUGAUAUUUCUGGUCCAAAAGUAGGAGGAGGUAUCAAGGUGCCUGAUGUUGAUAUUCAGACUCCAGAUGUUAAUGCUGAAAUUGAAGGUCCAGAGGGCAGCUGGAAGAUGCCUAAAAUGAAAAUGCCAGAUUUCAACAUGUCAUCUCCCAAAAUCUCACUGCCUGAUGUCAACCUAAAGGGUCCUAAACUUAAAGGAGAUAUGAGCUUGUCUGGUCCCAAGAUAGAAGGCGAUGUGCAUCUUCCAAAAGCUGAAGUCAGCGGGUCUAGUAUUGAUUUGGAGGCACCUGACAUUGAUGUUGAAGGGCCUGAAGGAAAACUGAAAGGUCCAAAAUUUAAAAAGACAGAUUGGUCUAUAUCAGCACCCAAAAUAUCCAUGCCAGACAUUCACUUAAAAGGGCCAAAGUUGAAAGGUGAUGUGCCUAGCAUGGACAUUGAAGGCGAUAUAAAGGUUCCACACUUGAAGGGUCCAGAUGUUGAUGUCAGCACACCUGAUAUUGAUGUGGAGGGGACUGGCAUUAACCUAAAAAUGCCCAAGUUGAGAAUUCCUGGCUUUGAUUUACAUGGACCUAAGGUCGAUGCACCAGAGAUUGAUAUUAAAUCUGCAAAAGCUGACAUUGAUAUUUUGAGCCCAAAAGUCGGGGCAGAAGUUGAGAUUCCUGGUGUUAAUAUCAAGUCUCCUGAUGUUGACAUGGACGUUGAACUUGAAGGCCCAGAAGGAAGCUUGAAGGGUCCCAAAGUAAAAAAGAAAGGCUUUACAUUUUCAGUUCCCAAAAUGUCAUUCCCUGAUUUCCACCGAAAGGGCCCUAAAUUAAAAGGAGAUAUGGAUGUGUCUGGUCCAAAGGUAGAAGGUGAAAUGAAACUUCCUAAGGCAGAAGUCUCUGGCCCUGACAUUGACCUUAAGGCUCCAGAAGUUGAUAUAGAAGGGCCAGAAGGAAAACUGAAAGGUCCAAAGUUUAAAAAACCAGACUGGUCUAUAUCAGCUCCUAAAGUAUCCAUGCCAGACAUUCACUUAAAAGGGCCAAAGUUGAAAGGUGAUGUCCCUAGCCUGGAAGUGGAAGGAGAUGUAAAAGGUCCUAAAAUAGACUUAAAGGGUCCAGGCGUUGAUUUGCAGACACCAGAUAUGGAUAUUGAGGGGUCAGGUGGAAAAAUGAAAAUGCCAAAAUUUAAGAUGCCUGACUUUAGCAUGCAUGGACCUAAGUUAGGGGCACCUGACUUGGGCAUUAAAGGUCCAAAGGCUGACAUUGAUAUUUCUGGUCCAAAAGUUGAGGGAGAUAUCAAGGUGCCUGGUGUUGAUAUACAGACUCCGGAUAUUAAUGCUGAAAUUGAAUGUCCAGAGGGCAGCUUGAAGGGACCUAAAAUGAAAAUGCCUGAUGUGAAGUUUUCAGCACCCAAAAUCUCACUGCCUGAUGUCAACCUAAAGGGUCCUAAACUCAAAGGAGAUGUGAGCUUGUCUGGCUCCAAGAUAGAAGGUGAUGUACAUCUCCCAAAAGCUGAAGUGACCGGGCCUAAUAUUGAUUUGGAGGGACCUGAAAUUGAUGUUGAAGGGCCAGAAGGAAAACUGAAAGGUCCAAAGUUUAAAAAGCCAGACUGGUCUAUAUCAGCACCCAAACUGUCCAUGCCAGACAUUCACUUUAAAGGGCCGAAGUUGAAAGGUGAUUUACCUAGUGUAGAAGGAGAUGUAAAAGGUCCUAAAGUAGACUUAAAGGGACCUGACAUUGAAUUAGAGACACCAGAUAUGGAUGUGGAGAGGUCAGGUGGAAAAUUGAAAAUGCCAAAAUUUAAGAUGCCUGAAAUUGGCUUGCAUGGACCUAAGUUAGAGGCACCUGACUUGAACAUUAAAGGUCCAAAGGCUGACAUUGAUAUUUCUGGUCCAAAAGUAGGAGGAGGUAUCAAGGUGCCUGAUGUUCAGAGUCCAGAUGUUAAUGCUGAAAUUGAAGGUCCAGAGGGCAAGUGGAAGAUGCCUAAAAUGAAAAUGCCGGAUUUCAACAUGUCAGCUCCCAAAUUCUCACUGCCUGAUGUCAACCUAAAGGGUCCUAAACUUAAAGGAGAUAUGAGCUUGUCUGGGCCCAAGAUAGAAGGCGAUGUGCAUCUUCCAAAAGCUGAAGUCAGCGGGUCUAGUAUUGAUUUGGAGGCACCUGACAUUGAUGUUGAAGGGCCUGAAGGAAAACUGAAAGGUCCAAAGUUUAAAAAGCCAGAUUGGUCUAUAUCAGCACCCAAAAUAUCCAUGCCAGACAUUCAUUUAAAAGGGCCAAAGUUGAAAGGUGAUGUACCUAGCAUGGACAUUGAAGGCGAUAUAAAGGUUCCACAUUUGAAGGGUCCGGAUGUUGAUGUCAGCACACCUGAUAUUGAUGUGGAGGGUCUGGCAUUAACUAAAAUGCCCAAGUUGAGAAUUCCUGGCUUUGAUUUACAUGGACCCAAGGUCGAUGCACCAGAGAUUGAUAUUAAAUCUCCAACUGACAUUGAUAUUUCGAGCCCAAAAGUCGGGGCAGAGGUUGAGAUUCCUGGUGUUAAUAUCGAGUCUCCUGAUGUUGACAUGGACGUUGAACUUGAAGGCCCAGAAGGAAGCUUGAAGGGUCCCAAAGUGAAAAAGAAAGGCUUUAAUAUUUCAGUUCCCAAAGUAUCAUUGCCUGAUUUCCACCUAAAGGGCCCUAAAUUAAAAGGAGAUAUGGAUGUGUCUGGUCCAAAGAUAGAAGGUGAAAUGAAACUUCCUAAAGCUGAAGUCUCAGGCCCUGACAUUGACCUUAAUGCUCCAGAAGUUGAUAUAGAAGGGCCAGAAGGAAAACUGAAAGGUCCAAAGUUUAAAAAACCAGACUGGUCUAUAUCAGCUCCUAAAGUGUCCAUGCCAGACAUUCACUUAAAAGGGCCAAAGUUGAAAGGUGAUGUACCUAGCAUGGACAUUGAAGGCGAUAUAAAGGUUCCACACUUGAAGGCUUCAGAUGUUGAUAUCAGCACACCUGAUAUUGAUGUGGAGGGGACUGGCAUUAACCUAAAAAUGCCCAAGUUGAGAAUUCCUGGCUUUGAUUUACAUGGACCUAAGGUCGAUGCACCAGAGAUUGAUAUUAAAUCUGCAAAAGCUGACAUUGAUAUUUUGAGCCCAAAAGUCGGGGCAGAAGUUGAGAUUCCUGGUGUUAAUAUCGAGUCUCCUGAUGUUGACAUGGACGUUGAACUUGAAGGCCCAGAAGGAAGCUUGAAGGGUCCCAAAGUAAAAAAGAAAGGCUUUACAUUUUCAGUUCCCAAAAUGUCAUUGCCUGAUUUCCACCGAAAGGGCCCUAAAUUAAAAGGAGAUAUGGAUGUGUCUGGUCCAAAGGUAGAAGGUGAAAUGAAACUUCCUAAGGCAAAAGUCUCUGGCCCUGACAUUGACUUUAAGGCUCCAGAAGUUGAUAUAGAAGGGCCAGAAGGAAAACUGAAAGGUCCAAAGUUUAAAAAGCCAGAUUGGUCUAUAUCAGCACCCAAAAUAUCCAUGCCAGACAUUCAUUUAAAAGGGCCAAAGUUGAAAGGUGAUGUCCCUAGCCUGGAAGUGGAAGGAGAUGUAAAAGGUCCUAAAAUAGACUUAAAGGGCCCAGGCGUUGAUUUGCAGACACCAGAUAUGGAUAUUGAGGGGUCAGGUGGAAAAAUGAAAAUGCCAAAAUUUAAGAUGCCUGACUUUAGCAUGCAUGGACCUAAGUUAGCACCUGACUUGGACAUUAAAGGUCCAAAGGCUGACAUUGAUAUUUCUGGUCCAAAAGUCGAGGGAGAUAUCAAGGUGCCUGGUGUUGAUAUACAGACUCCGGAUAUUAAUGCUGAAAUUGAAUGUCCAGAGGGCAGCUUGAAGGGACCUAAAAUGAAAAUGCCUGAUGUGAAGUUUUCAGCACCCAAAAUCUCACUGCCUGAUGUCAACCUAAAGGGUCCUAAACUCAAAGGAGAUGUGAGCUUGUCUGGCUCCAAGAUAGAAGGUGAUGUACAUCUCCCAAAAGCUGAAGUGACCGGGCCUAAUAUUGAUUUGGAGGGACCUGAAAUUGAUGUUGAAGGGCCAGAAGGAAAACUGAAAGGUCCAAAGUUUAAGCCAGACUGGUCUAUAUCAGCACCCAAACUGUCCAUGCCAGACAUUCACUUUAAAGGGCCAAAGUUGAAAGGUGAUUUACCUAGUGUAGAAGGAGAUGUAAAAGGUCCUAAAGUAGACUUAAAGGGACCUGACAUUGAAUUAGAGACACCAGAUAUGGAUGUGGAGAGGUCAGGUGGAAAAUUGAAAAUGCCAAAAUUUAAGAUGCCUGAAAUUGGCUUGCAUGGACCUAAGUUAGAGGCACCUGACUUGAACAUUAAAGGUCCAAAGGCUGACAUUGAUAUUUCUGGUCCAAAAGUAGGAGGAGGUAUCAAGGUGCCUGAUGUUCAGAGUCCAGAUGUUAAUGCUGAAAUUGAAGGUCCAGAGGGCAAGUGGAAGAUGCCUAAAAUGAAAAUGCCGGAUUUCAACAUGUCAGCUCCCAAAUUCUCACUGCCUGAUGUCAACCUAAAGGGUCCUAAACUUAAAGGAGAUAUGAGCUUGUCUGGGCCCAAGAUAGAAGGUGUGCAUCUUCCAAAAGCUGAAGUCAGCGGGUCUAGUAUUGAUUUGGAGGCACCUGACAUUGAUGUUGAAGGGCCUGAAGGAAAACUGAAAGGUCCAAAGUUUAAAAAGCCAGAUUGGUCUAUAUCAGCACCCAAAAUAUCCAUGCCAGACAUUCAUUUAAAAGGGCCAAAGUUGAAAGGUGAUGUACCUAGCAUGGACAUUGAAGGCGAUAUAAAGGUUCCACAUUUGAAGGGUCCGGAUGUUGAUGUCAGCACACCUGAUAUUGAUGUGGAGGGGUCUGGCAUUAACCUAAAAAUGCCCAAGUUGAGAAUUCCUGGCUUUGAUUUACAUGGACCCAAGGUCGAUGCACCAGAGAUUGAUAUUAAAUCUCCAAAAGCUGAUAUUGAUAUUUCGAGCCCAAAAGUCGGGGCAGAGGUUGAGAUUCCUGGUCUUAAUAUAGAGUCUCCUGAUGUUGACAUGGACGUUGAACUUGAAGGCCCAGAAGGAAGCUUGAAGGGUCCCAAAGUGAAAAAGAAAGGCUUUAAUAUUUCAGUUCCCAAAGUAUCAUUGCCUGAUUUCCACCUAAAGGGCCCUAAAUUAAAAGGAGAUAUGGAUGUGUCUGGUCCAAAGAUAGAAGGUGAAAUGAAACUUCCUAAAGCUGAAGUCUCAGGCCCUGACAUUGACCUUAAUGCUCCAGAAGUUGAUAUAGAAGGGCCAGAAGGAAAACUGAAAGGUCCAAAGUUUAAAAAACCAGACUGGUCUAUAUCCGCUCCUAAAGUGUCCAUGCCAGACAUUCACUUAAAAGGGCCAAAGUUGAAAGGUGAUGUCCCCAGCCUGGAAGUGGAAGGAGAUGUAAAAGGUCCUAAAAUAGACUUAAAGGGCCCAGGCAUUGAUUUGCAGACAACAGAUAUGGAUAUUGAGGGGUCAGGUGGAAAAAUGAAAAUGCCAAAAUUUAAGAUGCCUGACUUUAGCAUGCAUGGACCUAAGUUAGGGGCACCUGACUUGGGCAUUAAAGGUCCAAAGGCUGACAUUGAUAUUUCUGGUCCAAAAGUAGGAGGAGGUAUCAAGCUGCCUGAUGUUGAUAUUCAGACUCCAGAUGUUAAUGCUGAAAUUGAAGGUCCAGAGGGCAGCUGGAAGAUGCCUAAAAUGAAAAUGCCAGAUUUCAACAUGUCAUCUCCCAAAAUCUCACUGCCUGAUGUCAACCUAAAGGGUCCUAAACUUAAAGGAGAUAUGAGCUUGUCUGGGCCCAAGAUAGAAGGCGAUGUGCAUCUUCCAAAAGCUGAAGUCAGCGGGUCUAGUAUUGAUUUGGAGGCACCUGACAUUGAUGUUGAAGGGCCUAAAGGAAAACUGAAAGGUCCAAAAUUUAAAAAGCCAGAUUGGUCUAUAUCAGCACCCAAAAUAUCCAUGCCAGACAUUCACUUAAAAGGGACAAAGUUGAAAGGUGAUGUACCUAGCAUGGACAUUGAAGGCGAUAUAAAGGUUCCACACUUGAAGGGUCCAGAUGUUGAUGUCAGCACACCUGAUAUUGAUGUGGAGGGGACUGGCAUUAACCUAAAAAUGCCCAAGUUGAGAAUUCCUGGCUUUGAUUUGCAUGGACCUAAGGUCGAUGCAGCAGAGAUUGAUAUUAAAUCUGCAAAAGCUGACAUUGAUAUUUUGUGCCCAAAAGUCGGGGCAGAAGUUGAGAUUCCUGGUGUUAAUAUCAAGUCUCCUGAUGUUGACAUGGACGUUGAACUUGAAGGCCCAGAAGGAAGCUUGAAGGGUCCCAAAGUAAAAAAGAAAGGCUUUACAUUUUCAGUUCCCAAAAUGUCAUUGCCUGAUUUCCACCGAAAGGGCCCUAAAUUAAAAGGAGAUAUGGAUGUGUCUGGUCCAAAGGUAGAAGGUGAAAUGAAACUUCCUAAGGCAGAAGUCUCUGGCCCUGACAUUGACCUUAAGGCUCCAGAAGUUGAUAUAGAAGGGCCAGAAGGAAAACUGAAAGGUCCAAAGUUUAAAAAACCAGACUGGUCUAUAUCAGCUCCUAAAGUGUCCAUGCCAGACAUUCACUUAAAAGGGCCAAAGUUGAAAGGUGAUGCCCCUAGCCUGGAAGUGGAAGGAGAUGUAAAAGGUCCUAAAAUAGACUUAAAGGGCCCAGGCGUUGAUUUGCAGACACCAGAUAUGGAUAUUGAGGGGUCAGGUGGAAAAAUGAAAAUGCCAAAAUUUAAGAUGCCUGACUUUAGCAUGCAUGGACCUAAGUUAGGGGCACCUGACUUGGGCAUUAAAGGUCCAAAGGCUGACAUUGAUAUUUCUGGUCCAAAAGUUGAGGGAGAUAUCAAGGUGCCUGGUGUUGAUAUACAGACUCCGGAUAUUAAUGCUGAAAUUGAAUGUCCAGAGGGCAGCUUGAAGGGACCUAAAAUGAAAAUGCCUGAUGUGAACUUGUCUGGCUCCAAGAUAGAAGGUGAUGUACAUCUCCCAAAAGCUGAAGUGACCGGGCCUAAUAUUGAUUUGGAGGGACCUGAAAUUGAUGUUGAAGGGCCAGAAGGAAAACUGAAAGGUCCAAAGUUUAAAAAGCCAGACUGGUCUAUAUCAGCACCCAAACUGUCCAUGCCAGACAUUCACUUUAAAGGGCCGAAGUUGAAAGGUGAUUUACCCAGUGUAGAAGGAGAUGUAAAAGGUCCUAAAGUAGACUUAAAGGGACCUGACAUUGAAUUAGAGACACCAGAUAUGGAUGUGGAGAGGUCAGGUGGAAAAUUGAAAAUGCCAAAAUUUAAGAUGCCUGAAAUUGGCUUGCAUGGACCUAAGUUAGAGGCACCUGACUUGAACAUUAAAGGUCCAAAGGCUGACAUUGAUAUUUCUGGUCCAAAAGUAGGAGGAGGUAUCAAGGUGCCUGAUGUUCAGAGUCCAGAUGUUAAUGCUGAAAUUGAAGGUCCAGAGGGCAAGUGGAAGAUGCCUAAAAUGAAAAUGCCGGAUUUCAACAUGUCAGCUCCCAAAUUCUCACUGCCUGAUGUCAACCUAAAGGGUCCUAAACUUAAAGGAGAUAUGAGCUUGUCUGGGCCCAAGAUAGAAGGCGAUGUGCAUCUUCCAAAAGCUGAAGUCAGCGGGUCUAGUAUUGAUUUGGAGGCACCUGACAUUGAUGUUGAAGGGCCUGAAGGAAAACUGAAAGGUCCAAAGUUUAAAAAGCCAGAUUGGUCUAUAUCAGCACCCAAAAUAUCCAUGCCAGACAUUCAUUUAAAAGGGCCAAAGUUGAAAGGUGAUGUACCUAGCAUGGACAUUGAAGGCGAUAUAAAGGUUCCACAUUUGAAGGGUCCGGAUGUUGAUGUCAGCACACCUGAUAUUGAUGUGGAGGGGUCUGGCAUUAACCUAAAAAUGCCCAAGUUGAGAAUUCCUGGCUUUGAUUUACAUGGACCCAAGGUCGAUGCACCAGAGAUUGAUAUUAAAUCUCCAAAAGCUGACAUUGAUAUUUCCAGCCCAAAAGUCGGGGCAGAGGUUGAGAUUCCUGGUCUUAAUAUAGAGUCUCCUGAUGUUGACAUGGACGUUGAACUUGAAGGCCCAGAAGGAAGCUUGAAGGGUCCCAGAGUGAAAAAGAAAGGCUUUAAUAUUUCAGUUCCCAAAGUAUCAUUGCCUGAUUUCCACCUAAAGGGCCCUAAAUUAAAAGGAGAUAUGGAUGUGUCUGGUCCAAAGAUAGAAGGUGAAAUGAAACUUCCUAAAGCUGAACUCUCAGGCCCUGACAUUGACCUUAAUGCUCCAGAAGUUGAUAUAGAAGGGCCAGAAGGAAAACUGAAAGGUCCAAAGUUUAAAAAACCAGACUGGUCUAUAUCAGCUCCUAAAGUGUCCAUGCCAGACAUUCACUUAAAAGGGCCAAAGUUGAAAGGUGAUGUACCUAGCAUGGACAUUGAAGGUGAUAUAAAGGUUCCACACUUGAAGGGUCCAGAUGUUGAUAUCAGCACACCUGAUAUUGAUGUGGAGGGGACUGGCAUUAACCUAAAAAUGCCCAAGUUGAGAAUUCCUGGCUUUGAUUUACAUGGACCUAAGGUCGAUGCACCAGAGAUUGAUAUUAAAUCUGCAAAAGCUGACAUUGAUAUUUUGAGCCCAAAAGUCGGGGCAGAAGUUGAGAUUCCUGGUGUUAAUAUCGAGUCUCCUGAUGUUGACAUGGACGUUGAACUUGAAGGCCCAGAAGGAAGCUUGAAGGGUCCCAAAGUAAAAAAGAAAGGCUUUACAUUUUCAGUUCCCAAAAUGUCAUUGCCUGAUUUCCACCGAAAGGGCCCUAAAUUAAAAGGAGAUAUGGAUGUGUCUGGUCCAAAGGUAGAAGGUGAAAUGAAACUUCCUAAGGCAAAAGUCUCUGGCCCUGACAUUGACUUUAAGGCUCCAGAAGUUGAUAUAGAAGGGCCAGAAGGAAAACUGAAAGGUCCAAAGUUUAAAAAGCCAGAUUGGUCUAUAUCAGCACCCAAAAUAUCCAUGCCAGACAUUCAUUUAAAAGGGCCAAAGUUGAAAGGUGAUGUCCCUAGCCUGGAAGUGGAAGGAGAUGUAAAAGGUCCUAAAAUAGACUUAAAGGGCCCAGGCAUUGAUUUGCAGACACCAGAUAUGGAUAUUGAGGGGUCAGGUGGAAAAAUGAAAAUGCCAAAAUUUAAGAUGCCUGACUUUAGCAUGCAUGGACCUAAGUUAGGGGCACCUGACUUGGACAUUAAAGGUCCAAAGGCUGACAUUGAUAUUUCUGGUCCAAAAGUCGAGGGAGAUAUCAAGGUGCCUGGUGUUGAUAUACAGACUCCGGAUAUUAAUGCUGAAAUUGAAUGUCCAGAGGGCAGCUUGAAGGGACCUAAAAUGAAAAUGCCUGAUGUGAAGUUUUCAGCACCCAAAAUCUCACUGCCUGAUGUCAACCUAAAGGGUCCUAAACUCAAAGGAGAUGUGAGCUUGUCUGGCUCCAAGAUAGAAGGUGAUGUACAUCUCCCAAAAGCUGAAGUGACCGGGCCUAAUAUUGAUUUGGAGGGACCUGAAAUUGAUGUUGAAGGGCCAGAAGGAAAACUGAAAGGUCUAAAGUUUAAAAAGCCAGACUGGUCUAUAUCAGCACCCAAACUGUCCAUGCCAGACAUUCACUUUAAAGGGCCAAAGUUGAAAGGUGAUUUACCUAGUGUAGAAGGAGAUGUAAAAGGUCCUAAAGUAGACUUAAAGGGACCUUACAUUGAAUUAGAGACACCAGAUAUGGAUGUGGAGAGGUCAGGUGGAAAGUUGAAAAUGCCAAAAUUUAAGAUGCCUGAAAUUGGCUUGCAUGGACCUAAGUUAGAGGCACCUGACUUGAACAUUAAAGGUCCAAAGGCUGACAUUGAUAUUUCUGGUCCAAAAGUAGGAGGAGGUAUCAAGGUGCCUGAUGUUCAGAGUCCAGAUGUUAAUGCUGAAAUUGAAGGUCCAGAGGGCAGCUGGAAGAUGCCUAAAAUGAAAAUGCCGGAUUUCAACAUGUCAGCUCCCAAAUUCUCACUGCCUGAUGUCAACCUAAAGGGUCCUAAACUUAAAGGAGAUAUGAGCUUGUCUGGGCCCAAGAUAGAAGGCGAUGUGCAUCUUCCAAAAGCUGAAGUCAGCGGGUCUAGUAUUGAUUUGGAGGCACCUGACAUUGAUGUUGAAGGGCCUGAAGGAAAACUGAAAGGUCCAAAGUUUAAAAAGCCAGAUUGGUCUAUAUCAGCACCCAAAAUAUCCAUGCCAGACAUUCAUUUAAAAGGGCCAAAGUUGAAAGGUGAUGUACCUAGCAUGGAGAUUGAAGGCGAUAUAAAGGUUCCACAUUUGAAGGGUCCGGAUGUUGAUGUCAGCACACCUGAUAUUGAUGUGGAGGGGUCUGGCAUUAACCUAAAAAUGCCCAAGUUGAGAAUUCCUGGCUUUGAUUUACAUGGACCCAAGGUCGAUGCACCAGAGAUUGAUAUUAAAUCUCCAAAAGCUGACAUUGAUAUUUCAAGCCCAAAAGUCGGGGCAGAGGUUGAGAUUCCUGGUCUUAAUAUAGAGUCUCCUGAUGUUGACAUGGACGUUGAACUUGAAGGCCCAGAAGGAAGCUUGAAGGGUCCCAAAGUGAAAAAGAAAGGCUUUAAUAUUUCAGUUCCCAAAGUAUCAUUGCCUGAUUUCCACCUAAAGGGCCCUAAAUUAAAAGGAGAUAUGGAUGUGUCUGGUCCAAAGAUAGAAAGUGAAAUGAAACUUCCUAAAGCUGAAGUCUCAGGCCCUGACAUUGACCUUAAUGCUCCAGAAGUUGAUAUAGAAGGGCCAGAAGGAAAACUGAAAGGUCCAAAGUUUAAAAAACCAGACUGGUCUAUAUCAGCUCCUAAAGUGUCCAUGCCAGACAUUCACUUAAAAGGGCCAAAGUUGAAAGGUGAUGUCCCCAGCCUGGAAGUGGAAGGAGAUGUAAAAGGUCCUAAAAUAGACUUAAAGGGCCCAGGCAUUGAUUUGCAGACACCAGAUAUGGAUAUUGAGGGGUCAGGUGGAAAAAUGAAAAUGCCAAAAUUUAAGAUGCCUGACUUUAGCAUGCAUGGACCUAAGUUUGGGGUACCUGACUUUGGCAUUAAAGGUCCAAAGGCUGACAUUGAUAUUUCUGGUCCAAAAGUAGGAGGAGGUAUCAAGGUGCCUGAUGUUGAUAUUCAGACUCCAGAUGUUAAUGCUGAAAUUGAAGGUCCAGAGGGCAGCUGGAAGAUGCCUAAAAUGAAAAUGCCAGAUUUCAACAUGUCAUCUCCCAAAAUCUCACUGCCUGAUGUCAACCUAAAGGGUCCUAAACUUAAAGGAGAUAUGAGCUUGUCUGGGCCCAAGAUAGAAGGCGAUGUGCAUCUUCCAAAAGCUGAAGUCAGCGGGUCUAGUAUUGAUUUGGAGGCACCUGACAUUGAUGUUGAAGGGCCUAAAGGAAAACUGAAAGGUCCAAAAUUUAAAAAGCCAGAUUGGUCUAUAUCAGCACCCAAAAUAUCCAUGCCAGACAUUCACUUAAAAGGGCCAAAGUUGAAAGGUGAUGUACCUAGCAUGGACAUUGAAGGCGAUAUAAAGGUUCCACACUUGAAGGGUCCAGAUGUUGAUGUCAGCACACCUGAUAUUGAUGUGGAGGGGACUGGCAUUAACCUAAAAAUGCCCAAGUUGAGAAUUCCUGGCUUUGAUUUACAUGGACCUAAGGUCGAUGCACCAGAGAUUGAUAUUAAAUCUGCAAAAGCUGACAUUGAUAUUUUGAGCCCAAAAGUCGGGGCAGAAGUUGAGAUUCCUGGUGUUAAUAUCAAGUCUCCUGAUGUUGACAUGGACGUUGAACUUGAAGGCCCAGAAGGAAGCUUGAAGGGUCCCAAAGUAAAAAAGAAAGGCUUUACAUUUUCAGUUCCCAAAAUGUCAUUCCCUGAUUUCCACCGAAAGGGCCCUAAAUUAAAAGGAGAUAUGGAUGUGUCUGGUCCAAAGGUAGAAGGUGAAAUGAAACUUCCUAAGGCAGAAGUCUCUGGCCCUGACAUUGACCUUAAGGCUCCAGAAGUUGAUAUAGAAGGGCCAGAAGGAAAACUGAAAGGUCCAAAGUUUAAAAAACCAGACUGGUCUAUAUCAGCUCCUAAAGUAUCCAUGCCAGACAUUCACUUAAAAGGGCCAAAGUUGAAAGGUGAUGUCCCUAGCCUGGAAGUGGAAGGAGAUGUAAAAGGUCCUAAAAUAGACUUAAAGGGCCCAGGCGUUGAUUUGCAGACACCAGAUAUGGAUAUUGAGGGGUCAGGUGGAAAAAUGAAAAUGCCAAAAUUUAAGAUGCCUGACUUUAGCAUGCAUGGACCUAAGUUAGGGGCACCUGACUUGGGCAUUAAAGGUCCAAAGGCUGACAUUGAUAUUUCUGGUCCAAAGGUUGAGGGAGAUAUCAAGGUGCCUGGUGUUGAUAUACAGACUCCGGAUAUUAAUGCUGAAAUUGAAUGUCCAGAGGGCAGCUUGAAGGGACCUAAAAUGAAAAUGCCUGAUGUGAAGUUUUCAGCACCCAAAAUCUCACUGCCUGAUGUCAACCUAAAAGGUCCUAAACUCAAAGGAGAUGUGAGCUUGUCUGGCUCCAAGAUAGAAGGUGAUGUACAUCUCCCAAAAGCUGAAGUGACCGGGCCUAAUAUUGAUUUGGAGGGACCUGAAAUUGAUGUUGAAGGGCCAGAAGGAAAACUGAAAGGUCCAAAGUUUAAAAAGCCAGACUGGUCUAUAUCAGCACCCAAACUGUCCAUGCCAGACAUUCACUUUAAAGGGCCGAAGUUGAAAGGUGAUUUACCUAGUGUAGAAGGAGAUGUAAAAGGUCCUAAAGUAGACUUAAAGGGACCUGACAUUGAAUUAGAGACACCAGAUAUGGAUGUGGAGAGGUCAGGUGGAAAAUUGAAAAUGCCAAAAUUUAAGAUGCCUGAAAUUGGCUUGCAUGGACCUAAGUUAGAGGCACCUGACUUGAACAUUAAAGGUCCAAAGGCUGACAUUGAUAUUUCUGGUCCAAAGGUAGGAGGAGUUAUCAAGGUGCCUGAUGUUCAGAGUCCAGAUGUUAAUGCUGAAAUUGAAGGUCCAGAGGGCAAGUGGAAGAUGCCUAAAAUGAAAAUGCCGGAUUUCAACAUGUCAGCUCCCAAAUUCUCACUGCCUGAUGUCAACCUAAAGGGUCCUAAACUUAAAGGAGAUAUGAGCUUGUCUGGGCCCAAGAUAGAAGGCGAUGUGCAUCUUCCAAAAGCUGAAGUCAGCGGGUCUAGUAUUGAUUUGGAGGCACCUGACAUUGAUGUUGAAGGGCCUGAAGGAAAACUGAAAGGUCCAAAGUUUAAAAAGCCAGAUUGGUCUAUAUCAGCACCCAAAAUAUCCAUGCCAGACAUUCAUUUAAAAGGGCCAAAGUUGAAAGGUGAUGUACCUAGCAUGGACAUUGAAGGCGAUAUAAAGGUUCCACAUUUGAAGGGUCCGGAUGUUGAUGUCAGCACACCUGAUAUUGAUGUGGAGGGGUCUGGCAUUAACAUCAAAAUGCCCAAGUUGAGAAUUCCUGGCUUUGAUUUACAUGGACCCAAGGUCGAUGCACCAGAGAUUGAUAUUAAAUCUCCAAAAGCUGACAUUGAUAUUUCGAGCCCAAAAGUCGGGGCAGAGGUUGAGAUUCCUGGUCUUAAUAUAGAGUCUCCUGAUGUUGACAUGGACGUUGAACUUGAAGGCCCAGAAGGAAGCUUGAAGGGUCCCAAAGUGAAAAAGAAAGGCUUUAAUAUUUCAGUUCCCAAAGUAUCAUUGCCUGAUUUCCACCUAAAGGGCCCUAAAUUAAAAGGAGAUAUGGAUGUGUCUGGUCCAAAGAUAGAAGGUGAAAUGAAACUUCCUAAAGCUGAACUCUCAGGCCCUGACAUUGACCUUAAUGCUCCAGAAGUUGAUAUAGAAGGGCCAGAAGGAAAACUGAAAGGUCCAAAGUUUAAAAAACCAGACUGGUCUAUAUCAGCUCCUAAAGUGUCCAUGCCAGACAUUCACUUAAAAGGGCCAAAGUUGAAAGGUGAUGUACCUAGCAUGGACAUUGAAAGCGAUAUAAAGGUUCCACACUUGAAGGGUCCAGAUGUUGAUAUCAGCUCACCUGAUAUUGAUGUGGAGGGGACUGGCAUUAACCUAAAAAUGCCCAAGUUGAGAAUUCCUGGCUUUGAUUUACAUGGACCUAAGGUCGAUGCACCAGAGAUUGAUAUUAAAUCUGCAAAAGCUGACAUUGAUAUUUUGAGCCCAAAAGUCGGGGCAGAAGUUGAGAUUCCUGGUGUUAAUAUCGAGUCUCCUGAUGUUGACAUGGACGUUGAACUUGAAGGCCCAGAAGGAAGCUUGAAGGGUCCCAAAGUAAAAAAGAAAGGCUUUACAUUUUCAGUUCCCAAAAUGUCAUUGCCUGAUUUCCACCGAAAGGGCCCUAAAUUAAAAGGAGAUAUGGAUGUGUCUGGUCCAAAGGUAGAAGGUGAAAUGAAAUCCUAAGGCAAAGUCUCUGGCCCUGACAUUGACUUUAAGGCUCCAGAAGUUGAUAUAGAAGGGCCAGAAGGAAAACUGAAAGGUCCAAAGUUUAAAAAGCCAGAUUGGUCUAUAUCAGCACCCAAAAUAUCCAUGCCAGACAUUCAUUUAAAAGGGCCAAAGUUGAAAGGUGAUGUCCCUAGCCUGGAAGUGGAAGGAGAUGUAAAAGGUCCUAAAAUAGACUUAAAGGGCCCAGGCGUUGAUUUGCAGACACCAGAUAUGGAUAUUGAGGGGUCAGGUGGAAAAAUGAAAAUGCCAAAAUUUAAGAUGCCUGACUUUAGCAUGCAUGGACCUAAGUUAGGGGCACCUGACUUGGGCAUUAAAGGUCCAAAGGCUGACAUUGAUAUUUCUGGUCCAAAAGUCGAGGGAGAUAUCAAGGUGCCUGGUGUUGAUAUACAGACUCCGGAUAUUAAUGCUGAAAUUGAAUGUCCAGAGGGCAGCUUGAAGGGACCUAAAAUGAAAAUGCCUGAUGUGAAGUUUUCAGCACCCAAAAUCUCACUGCCUGAUGUCAACCUAAAGGGUCCUAAACUCAAAGGAGAUGUGAGCUUGUCUGGCUCCAAGAUAGAAGGUGAUGUACAUCUCCCAAAAGCUGAAGUGACCGGGCCUAAUAUUGAUUUGGAGGGACCUGAAAUUGAUGUUGAAGGGCCAGAAGGAAAACUGAAAGGUCUAAAGUUUAAGCCAGACUGGUCUAUAUCAGCACCCAAACUGUCCAUGCCAGACAUUCACUUUAAAGGGCCAAAGUUGAAAGGUGAUUUACCUAGUGUAGAAGGAGAUGUAAAAGGUCCUAAAGUAGACUUAAAGGGACCUGACAUUGAAUUAGAGACACCAGAUAUGGAUGUGGAGAGGUCAGGUGGAAAGUUGAAAAUGCCAAAAUUUAAGAUGCCUGAAAUUGGCUUGCAUGGACCUAAGUUAGAGGCACCUGACUUGAACAUUAAAGGUCCAAAGGCUGACAUUGAUAUUUCUGGUCCAAAAGUAGGAGGAGGUAUCAAGGUGCCUGAUGUUCAUAGUCCAGAUGUUAAUGCUGAAAUUGAAGGUCCAGAGGGCAGCUGGAAGAUGCCUAAAAUGAAAAUGCCGGAUUUCAACAUGUCAGCUCCCAAAUUCUCACUGCCUGAUGUCAACCUAAAGGGUCCUAAACUUAAAGGAGAUAUGAGCUUGUCUGGGCCCAAGAUAGAAGGCGAUGUGCAUCUUCCAAAAGCUGAAGUCAGCGGGUCUAGUAUUGAUUUGGAGGCACCUGACAUUGAUGUUGAAGGGCCUGAAGGAAAACUGAAAGGUCCAAAGUUUAAAAAGCCAGAUUGGUCUAUAUCAGCACCCAAAAUAUCCAUGCCAGACAUUCAUUUAAAAGGGCCAAAGUUGAAAGGUGAUGUACCUAGCAUGGACAUUGAAGGCGAUAUAAAGGUUCCACAUUUGAAGGGUCCGGAUGUUGAUGUCAGCACACCUGAUAUUGAUGUGGAGGGGUCUGGCAUUAACCUAAAAAUGCCCAAGUUGAGAAUUCCUGGCUUUGAUUUACAUGGACCCAAGGUCGAUGCACCAGAGAUUGAUAUUAAAUCUCCAAAAGCUGACAUUGAUAUUUCGAGCCCAAAAGUCGGGGCAGAGGUUGAGAUUCCUGGUCUUAAUAUAGAGUCUCCUGAUGUUGACAUGGACGUUGAACUUGAAGGCCCAGAAGGAAGCUUGAAGGGUCCCAAAGUGAAAAGAAGCUUUAAUAUUUCAGUUCCCAAAGUAUCAUUGCCUGAUUUCCACCUAAAGGGCCCUAAAUUAAAAGGAGAUAUGGAUGUGUCUGGUCCAAAGAUAGAAGGUGAAAUGAAACUUCCUAAAGCUGAAGUCUCAGGCCCUGACAUUGACCUUAAUGCUCCAGAAGUUGAUAUAGAAGGGCCAGAAGGAAAACUGAAAGGUCCAAAGUUUAAAAAACCAGACUGGUCUAUAUCAGCUCCUAAAGUGUCCAUGCCAGACAUUCACUUAAAAGGGCCAAAGUUGAAAGGUGAUGUCCCCAGCCUGGAAGUGGAAGGAGAUGUAAAAGGUCCUAAAAUAGACUUAAAGGGCCCAGGCAUUGAUUUGCAGACACCAGAUAUGGAUAUUGAGGGGUCAGGUGGAAAAAUGAAAAUGCCAAAAUUUAAGAUGCCUGACUUUAGCAUGCAUGGACCUAAGUUAGGGGCACCUGACUUGGGCAUUAAAGGUCCAAAGGCUGACAUUGAUAUUUCUGGUCCAAAAGUAGGAGGAGGUAUCAAGGUGCCUGAUGCUGAUAUUCAGACUCCAGAUGUUAAUGCUGAAAUUGAAGGUCCAGAGGGCAGCUGGAAGAUGCCUAAAAUGAAAAUGCCAGAUUUCAACAUGUCAUCUCCCAAAAUCUCACUGCCUGAUGUCAACCUAAAGGGUCCUAAACUUAAAGGAGAUAUGAGCUUGUCUGGGCCCAAGAUAGAAGGCGAUGUGCAUCUUCCAAAAGCUGAAGUCAGCGGGUCUAGUAUUGAUUUGGAGGCACCUGACAUUGAUGUUGAAGGGCCUAAAGGAAAACUGAAAGGUCCAAAAUUUAAAAAGCCAGAUUGGUCUAUAUCAGCACCCAAAAUAUCCAUGCCAGACAUUCACUUAAAAGGGCCAAAGUUGAAAGGUGAUGUACCUAGCAUGGACAUUGAAGGCGAUAUAAAGGUUCCACACUUGAAGGGUCCAGAUGUUGAUGUCAGCACACCUGAUAUUGAUGUGGAGGGGACUGGCAUUAACCUAAAAAUGCCCAAGUUGAGAAUUCCCGGCUUUGAUUUACAUGGACCUAAGGUCGAUGCACCAGAGAUUGAUAUUAAAUCUGCAAAAGCUGACAUUGAUAUUUUGAGCCCAAAAGUCGGGCAGAAGUUGAUUCCUGGUGUUAAUAUCAAGUCUCCUGAUGUUGACAUGGACGUUGAACUUGAAGGCCCAGAAGGAAGCUUGAAGGGUCCCAAAGUAAAAAAGAAAGGCUUUACAUUUUCAGUUCCCAAAAUGUCAUUCCCUGAUUUCCACCGAAAGGGCCCUAAAUUAAAAGGAGAUAUGGAUGUGUCUGGUCCAAAGGUAGAAGGUGAAAUGAAACUUCCUAAGGCAGAAGUCUCUGGCCCUGACAUUGACCUUAAGGCUCCAGAAGUUGAUAUAGAAGGGCCAGAAGGAAAACUGAAAGGUCCAAAGUUUAAAAAACCAGACUGGUCUAUAUCAGCUCCUAAAGUAUCCAUGCCAGACAUUCACUUAAAAGGGCCAAAGUUGAAAGGUGAUGUCCCUAGCCUGGAAGUGGAAGGAGAUGUAAAAGGUCCUAAAAUAGACUUAAAGGGCCCAGGCAUUGAUUUGCAGACACCAGAUAUGGAUAUUGAGGGGUCAGGUGGAAAAAUGAAAAUGCCAAAAUUUAAGAUGCCUGACUUUAGCAUGUGGACCUAAGUUAGGGCACCUGACUUGGGCAUUAAAGGUCCAAAGGCUGACAUUGAUAUUUCUGGUCCAAAAGUUGAGGGAGAUAUCAAGGUGCCUGGUGUUGAUAUACAGACUCCGGAUAUUAAUGCUGAAAUUGAAUGUCCAGAGGGCAGCUUGAAGGGACCUAAAAUGAAAAUGCCUGAUGUGAAGUUUUCAGCACCCAAAAUCUCACUGCCUGAUGUCAACCUAAAGGGUCCUAAACUCAAAGGAGAUGUGAGCUUGUCUGGCUCUAAGAUAGAAGGUGAUGUACAUCUCCCAAAAGCUGAAGUGACCGGGCCUAAUAUUGAUUUGGAGGGACCUGAAAUUGAUGUUGAAGGGCCAGAAGGAAAACUGAAAGGUCCAAAGUUUAAAAAGCCAGACUGGUCUAUAUCAGCACCCAAACUGUCCAUGCCAGACAUUCACUUUAAAGGGCCGAAGUUGAAAGGUGAUUUACCUAGUGUAGAAGGAGAUCUAAAAGGUCCUGAAGUAGACUUAAAGGGACCUGACAUUGAAUUCGAGACACCAGAUAUGGAUGUGGAGAGGUCAGGUGGAAAAUUGAAAAUGCCAAAAUUUAAGAUGCCUGAAAUUGGCUUGCAUGGACCUAAGUUAGAGGCACCUGACUUGAACAUUAAAGGUCCAAAGGCUGACAUUGAUAUUUCUGGUCCAAAAGUAGGAGGAGGUAUCAAGGUGCCUGAUGUUCAGAGUCCAGAUGUUAAUGCUGAAAUUGAAGGUCCAGAGGGCAAGUGGAAGAUGCCUAAAAUGAAAAUGCCAGAUUUCAACAUGUCAGCUCCCAAAUUCUCACUGCCUGAUGUCAACCUAAAGGGUCCUAAACUUAAAGGAGAUAUGAGCUUGUUUGGGCCCAAGAUAGAAGGCGAUGUGCAUCUUCCAAAAGCUGAAGUCAGCGGGUCUAGUAUUGAUUUGGAGGCACCUGACAUUGAUGUUGAAGGGCCUGAAGGAAAACUGAAAGGUCCAAAGUUUAAGCCAGAUUGGUCUAUAUCAGCACCCAAAAUAUCCAUGCCAGACAUUCAUUUAAAAGGGCCAAAGUUGAAAGGUGAUGUACCUAGCAUGGACAUUGAAGGCGAUAUAAAGGUUCCACAUUUGAAGGGUCCAGAUGUUGAUGUCAGCACACCUGAUAUUGAUGUGGAGGGGUCUGGCAUUAACCUAAAAAUGCCCAAGUUGAGAAUUCCUGGCUUUGAUUUACAUGGACCCAAGGUCGAUGCACCAGAGAUUGAUAUUAAAUCUCCAAAAGCUGACAUUGAUAUUUCGAGCCCAAAAGGGGCAGAGGUUGAGAUUCCUGGUCUUAAUAUAGAGUCUCCUGAUGUUGACAUGGACGUUGAACUUGAAGGCCCAGAAGGAAGCUUGAAGGGUCCCAAAGUGAAAAAGAAAGGCUUUAAUAUUUCAGUUCCCAAAGUAUCAUUGCCUGAUUUCCACCUAAAGGGCCCUAAAUUAAAAGGAGAUAUGGAUGUGUCUGGUCCAAAGAUAGAAGGUGAAAUGAAACUUCCUAAAGCUGAACUCUCAGGCCCUGACAUUGACCUUAAUGCUCCAGAAGUUGAUAUAGAAGGGCCAGAAGGAAAACUGAAAGGUCCAAAGUUUAAAAAACCAGACUGGUCUAUAUCAGCUCCUAAAGUGUCCAUGCCAGACAUUCACUUAAAAGGGCCAAAGUUGAAAGGUGAUAUCCCCAGCCUGGAAGUGGAAGGAGAUGUAAAAGGUCCUAAAAUAGACUUAAAGGGCCCAGGCAUUGAUUUGCAGACACCAGAUAUGGAUAUUGAGGGGUCAGGUGGAAAAAUGAAAAUGCCAAAAUUUAAGAUGCCUGACUUUAGCAUGCAUGGACCUAAGUUAGGGGCACCUGACUUGGGCAUUAAAGGUCCAAAGGCUGACAUUGAUAUUUCUGGUCCAAACGUAGGAGGAGGUAUCAAGGUGCCUGAUGUUGAUAUUCAGACUCCAGAUGUUAAUGCUGAAAUUCAAGGUCGAGAGGGCAGCUGGAAGAUGCCUAAAAUGAAAAUGCCAGAUUUCAACAUGUCAGCUCCCAAAAUCUCACUGCCUGAUGUCAACCUAAAGGGUCCUAAACUUAAAGGAGAUAUGAGCUUGUCUGGGCCCAAGAUAGAAGGCGAUGUGCAUCUUCCAAAAGCUGAAGUCAGCGGGUCUAGUAUUGAUUUGGAGGCACCUGACAUUGAUGUUGAAGGGCCUGAAGGAAAACUGAAAGGUCCAAAGUUUAAAAAGCCAGAUUGGUCUAUAUCAGCACCCAAAAUAUCCAUGCCAGACAUUCACUUAAAAGGGCCAAAGUUGAAAGGUGAUGUACCUAGCAUGGACAUUGAAGGCGAUAUAAAGGUUCCACACUUGAAGGGGCCAGAUGUUGAUGUCAGCACACCUGAUAUUGAUGUGGAGGGGACUGGCAUUAACCUAAAAAUGCCCAAGUUGAGAAUUCCUGGCUUUGAUUUACAUGGACCUAAGGUCGAUGCACCAGAGAUUGAUAUUAAAUCUGCAAAAGCUGACAUUGAUAUUUUGAGCCCAAAAGUCGGGGCAGAAGUUGAGAUUCCUGGUGUUAAUAUCAAGUCUCCUGAUGUUGACAUGGACGUUGAACUUGAAGGCCCAGAAGGAAGCUUGAAGGGUCCCAAAGUAAAAAAGAAAGGCUUUAAAUUUUCAGUUCCCAAAAUGUCAUUCCCUGAUUUCCACCGAAAGGGCCCUAAAUUAAAAGGAGAUAUGGAUGUGUCUGGUCCAAAGGUAGAAGGUGAAAUGAAACUUCCUAAGACAGAAGUCUCUGGCCCUGACAUUGACCUUAAGGCUCCAGAAGUUGAUAUAGAAGGGCCAGAAGGAAAACUGAAAGGUCCAAAGUUUAAAAAACCAGACUGGUCUAUAUCAGCUCCUAAAGUAUCCAUGCCAGACAUUCACUUAAAAGGGCCAAAGUUGAAAGGUGAUGUCCCUAGCCUGGAAGUGGAAGGAGAUGUAAAAGGUCCUAAAAUAGACUUAAAGGGCCCAGGCAUUGAUUUGCAGACACCAGAUAUGGAUAUUGAGGGGUCAGGUGGAAAAAUGAAAAUGCCAAAAUUUAAGAUGCCUGACUUUAGCAUGCAUGGACCUAAGUUAGGGGCACCUGACUUGGGCAUUAAAGGUCCAAAGGCUGACAUUGAUAUUUCUGGUCCAAAAGUUGAGGGAGGUAUCAAGGUGCCUGGUGUUGAUAUACAGACUCCAGAUAUUAAUGCUGAAAUUGAAUGUCCAGAGGGCAGCUUGAAGGGACCUAAAAUGAAAAUGCCUGAUGUGAAGUUUUCAGCACCCAAAAUCUCACUGCCUGAUGUCAACCUAAAGGGUCCUAAACUCAAAGGAGAUGUGAGCUUGUCUGGCUCCAAGAUAGAAGGUGAUGUACAUCUCCCAAAAGCUGAAGUGACCGGGCCUAAUAUUGAUUUGGAGGGACCUGAAAUUGAUGUUGAAGGGCCAGAAGGAAAACUGAAAGGUCCAAAGUUUAAAAAGCCAGACUGGUCUAUAUCAGCACCCAAACUGUCCAUGCCAGACAUUCACUUUAAAGGGCCAAAGUUGAAAGGUGAUUUACCUAGUUUAGAAGGAGAUGUAAAAGGUCCUAAAGUAGACUUAAAGGGGCCUGACAUUGAAUUAGAGACACCAGAUAUGGAUGUGGAGAGGUCAAGUGGAAAAUUGAAAAUGCCAAAAUUUAAGAUGCCUGAAAUUGGCUUGCAUGGACCUAAGUUAGAGGCACCUGACUUGAACAUUAAAGGUCCAAAGGCUGACAUUGAUAUUUCUGGUCCAAAAGUAGGAGGAGGUAUCAAGGUGCCUGAUUUUCAGAGUCCAGAUGUUAAUGCUGAAAUUGAAGGUCCAGAGGGCAGCUGGAAGAUGCCUAAAAUGAAAAUGCCAGAUUUCAACAUGUCAGCUCCCAAAUUCUCACUGCCUGAUGUCAACCUAAAGGGUCCUAAACUUAAAGGAGAUAUGAGCUUGUCUGGGCCCAAGAUAGAAGGCGAUGUGCAUCUUCCAAAAGCUGAAGUCAGCGGGUCUAGUAUUGAUUUGGAGGCACCUGACAUUGAUGUUGAAGGGCCUGAAGGAAAACUGAAAGGUCCAAAGUUUAAAAAGCCAGAUUGGUCUAUAUCAGCACCCAAAAUAUCCAUGCCAGACAUUCAUUUAAAAGGGCCAAAGUUGAAAGGUGAUGUACCUAGCAUGGACAUUGAAGGUGAUAUAAAGGUUCCACAUUUGAAGGGUCCGGAUGGUGAUGUCAGCACACCUGAUAUUGAUGUGGAGGGGUCUGGCAUUAACCUAAAAAUGCCCAAGUUGAGAAUUCCUGGCUUUGAUUUACAUGGACCCAAGGUCGAUGCACCAGAGAUUGAUAUUAAGUCUCCAAAAGCUGACAUUGAUAUUUCGAGCCCAAAAGUCGGGGCAGAGGUUGAGAUUCCUGGUCUUAAUAUAGAGUCUCCUGAUGUUGACAUGGAUGUUGAACUUGAAGGCCCAGAAGGAAGCUUGAAGGGUCCCAAAGUGAAAAAGAAAGGCUUUAAUAUUUCAGUUCCCAAAGUAUCAUUGCCUGAUUUCCACCUAAAGGGCCCUAAAUUAAAAGGAGAUAUGGAUGUGUCUGGUCCAAAGAUAGAAGGUGAAAUGAAACUUCCUAAAGCUGAAGUCUCAGGCCCUGACAUUGACCUUAAUGCUCCAGAAGUUGAUAUAGAAGGGCCAGAAGGAAAACUGAAAGGUCCAAAGUUUAAAAAACCAGACUGGUCUAUAUCAGCUCCUAAAGUGUCCAUGCCAGACAUUCACUUAAAAGGGCCAAAGUUGAAAGGUGAUGUCCCCAGCCUGGAAGUGGAAGGAGAUGUAAAAGGUCCUAAAAUAGACUUAAAGGGCCCAGGCAUUGAUUUGCAGACACCAGAUAUGGAUAUUGAGGGGUCAGGUGGAAAAAUGAAAAUGCCAAAAUUUAAGAUGCCUGACUUCAGCAUGCAUGGACCUAAGUUAGGGGCACCUGACUUGGGCAUUAAAGGUCCAAAGGCUGACAUUGAUAUUUCUGGUCCAAACGUUGAGGGAGAUAUCAAGGUGCCUGGUGUUGAUAUACAGACUCCGGAUAUUAAUGCUGAAAUUGAAGGUCCAGAAGGCAGCUUGAAGGGACCUAAAAUGAAAAUGCCUGAUGUGAAGUUUUCAGCACCCAAAAUCUCACUGCCUGAUGUCAAACUAAAGGGUCCUAAACUCAAAGGAGAUGUGAGCUUGUCUGGCUCCAAGAUAGAAGGUGAUGUACAUCUCCCAAAAGCUGAAAUGACCGGGCCUAAUAUUAAUUUGGAGGGACCUGAAAUUGAUGUUGAAGGGCCAGAAGGAAAACUGAAAGGUCCAAAGUUUAAAAAGCCAGAUUGGUCUAUUUCAGCACCCAAAAUGUCCAUGCCAGACUUUCACUUAAAAGGGCCAUCUUUGAAGGGUGAUGUACCCAGCCUGGAAGUACAAAGAGAUGUAAAAGGUCCAGAGGUACAUUUUAAGGGCCCAUCUGUUGACCUGGAAAAAAAAGAUGUUGAUUUUGAGGUGUUCAGUGGAAAAGUCAAAAUACCUUCACAGAAACUAACCGAAUUUAACUUGCAAGGGCACAAGCUUGGGGAAACCGACACUGAUAUGAGCAUUUCAAAAACUGACACUACUUUUUCUGGCCCUAAGUCAAGUAGACCAGACUUGCAAUUUUCAGCACCCAAAGUGUCUAUGCCUGGAAUGCAUGUAAAGGGGCCAACAUUUACCGGUGACUUCAAUGCAUCUGUUCCAGAGAUGGAAGGACAUGUUAGAGGUCCAGAUUUGAAACUGAGUGGUCCUGAAAUGGGGGUAGGAGCAUUUGGCAUUCAGGAAUGUAAGCUGAAAUCUCCUAAUGUACCUGAUGUGCAAGUAAAGGGUGAAACAUGCUGUGAUGAUGCAGAUGUGUCUGUGUCGGGAGAAUUUCAGGGACCCAAAGUAGACAUAAAAUGCCUUGACUCUGCAGAUAUCAAAAGUGGAUCAAAAGGCAAGAAGGGCAAGUUUAAAAUGCCUAAAUUUAUUGCUGGUUCAAAGCUUAAAGGAAAAAAGUAUGAGGCAGAUUUAAAUACAAAUCCAGAUGUAGACAUUGAUCUUAAAUCUCAGGUUGCUGAUGUAAGCAUUUCUUCACCUGAUAGUGGCUUGAAAGGUACUGUAAAUGUGAAGCCAUAUAAAGCAAAGAAACCUUUUUUUGGAAAAUUGUAUUUCCCAGAUGUCGAGUUUGAUCUUGGAUCUCCUAAAUUCACAUCCAUAGGGAGUCCUAAAUUUGAUGGAGAAUUUAAAGCCCCUGAAGUAGAUCUUGCUUCAAAGGAAGUAAAUGCUGAGUUGACAUCACCAAAACUUGAAGCAUGUAGUCCCUUUACUGAUAUCACUGCAAGCCUUCCAGCUGUCACUGUUGUUCAGUCUGAGAUGUCCCUUUCCUCUGAUGGUGUUAUUUCCUUGAAAGAGCCUAACCUGAAGCAGCAUGUUGGUAUUUCUUCAGACAUUAAGCAUUCAGCACUGGAUCCAAAGGCUCCAGGUGUCACUGCUGAGUUUCAACCCUCAAAGCUAAAUCUGGGAAGUUACAAUGUUGAUGUUAAAGAUGCUCAGUUUUCUUCAUCGUAUUCAGUAAUUGACUCAAGUAUUCCUUGUCAAACAGGUGGCAUUAAUACCAGUCUUCAUAAAGGAAGCCAUAAACACAGUAGUGUGGAAUUACCGGUCACUGGAAGCGGUAUACAGGAUCAGCUGUUUGUAGUACAUUUUCCAAAACUGAAAUUACCCAAUUUUGUUGCAUCUGAAACAACUGUUAAAGGAAAAGUGGGAGGUGAUGCCGAGUUUUCAGAGACACAUGUAAAUAUUUCUAAGAGGGAGGCUGAAGCAGAAAUAGACCUAAAUUUUGGUGGUGCAGAACUAAGUGGGCCAGGAUGUGAAACUUCUGGACCUGACACCAGCAAUAGGAAAGCAAAAGGAAAAAUGCAGAAACUGUUUUCAAAGUCCAAGUCAAAAGAUGUCAGUGCUAGUUCAGAAUGUUCGUUAUCAGCAUCUGAGUCUAAAGGAGAGUUGAAAAGUUCAAAGGCAAGUUUGGGAUCAGUGGAAAUAGACUCUGAGAGAGUAAAAAUAUCAGGGGGUGUGGAAGGUGGUUUGAGCACACUUUCACCGAAAGGAAGGUCUUCAACUUUUGAUUUUUCAGUAUUUAAGGGUAAGAAGUCAAGGCACAGAUCAUCUUCACUGAGUGACCAUGAUAUAUCUUCAGAAUUAACUGCAACUGGAACUUUGGAACACGAGGGAGGGACUGAAGUAGAAGUAGCUGAAGUUGAAAAGACUAAGGGAAAGCAUUCAAAAUUGAAAUUUGGUACAUUUGGAGGCAUUGGCUCUAAAUCAAAGGGGUCAUAUGAGGUGACAGUGGGUGAUGAGGAAGUAGAAAAAACAAAAAGUAGUGGAGUAUCCUUAAUGUCUAAAAAGUCACGGUUGGCUUCAUCCUCAAGUAGUGAAAGUACUACAAAAGAACAGAUUCCAAAAGUGGAAUUAACCACAAAGAAAAAAGAAUAACUGUGUAUAUAUGAAAUGCCUUCUUUUUGUAUAUAGACUGCAAUAUGUAGAGUUUUUAAGGUAAAUAUAACUAAGAAAAUGCUGAAUUUCAAUACAUUAUUUGUAGAAAAAAGCAGUCCAGUUAUUAGUUAUUUAAGACUGUGACAUCCAGCUGCUUUUAAUAAAUUGAUUUAUGCAGUUCAUAUUCAGACUUCUAGGCAGACAUCAUCUAACAUUUAAAAUAACAUGCCAAGAGCUGUAAUUUACUAGGAAACAAAAGGCUAUUUAGUUCAUUUUUCAAUCUCAGUCUUGACUGUUGGGAGAGUUGCUUUAAAUGUGAAGCAUUUGUCUGAAGGUUUGGCAGCUCUUGUCCUGUGGUGGUUUUUAAAAGUUAGAUGUGGAUUUUCAUUUCUUUAACUAAACUGUACCAACUUGUUGACCCAGCUGUACCAAAUCUUGUCUGAUGUAUAUGUAAUAUUUACAUUGUUUAAGUAAUAAGAUAUAGGAAAAUUUAAAUGCAGCAAAAGCAAAUUCAAGGACUGCUCUAAGGUUCAGCUGGGAAGUACUUGGUUCAGUGGUCUAAACAUUGGCCAUACUUAAUAAGCUGUUAUAACAUUCACAGUGGGGUAUUCAUUGAUUUUUAAGCAUUAUUAACAUCAGAUCACUUAAAAGACACUUUUUAUUUGUUUGCGCUGUAGACAUAACUAAUGUGCCUUUUUUGUAUAGUUGUGUCUACAUGCUCAUUAUUAGUUGACUGCAUAAAGAGUGUUUUCUUCUGUGUUUUGUUCAGUAUGAUGACUUUUGACUGCUACUUUUGCCUUUUGCUAUGAAAACAAUUUUGUUAAUAAAAAUCUUUCUAUUUUUUUAAUCCUCUAGCACUUUAAUUGCAAAUUCGGUGAGUCAGAAAACAGUCUUGUAAAAUUCAAAUAAACUGUUCUAUUAAUCUA